AUGUCUGUGUGUGUCUCCACAGGCAAGCUGUACUCAUGUCUGGACCAGAUGCGUGCGGUGCUGGGUGACACAGUGCCAGAGUCUGUCCUUACCCAGGCUGCCUUGCAGUGCGCCUUCGAACCCCAGAGAGCCCUGGACACCAUCCUAUCAGACGAGAGCACCGGUGCACCGUCCACGUCCGCUAAGACCCAUCGGGACGCACCACAGCCCCAGAGAGCCAAUAAGGAGAUGGCAGCGGCACCGAGAUCCAAUCAGGAGGCAUCAGCCACCCCACGACCAGAGAAAGGUAUGCCUGGACCCCAGCAGCAGGGAUGAAUGAUGAUCACCCUUUGGCUUACUUAUUUAUUGUGUUUUGUAAAUUCGGAUUAGACCCUUAGCGUAAAUGACACAGGGAUGUAAUUGUUGAUGAAGACUGUAAAAGUUCUCGUUAAAGAAAUGCACCAAUAUUCUCCUCCAGCUUCUUCACUCUGAACACAUUGUAAUGAAAUGUUUUUCAUUCCCUUUCUCUCUCUCUCUCUUAUGUCCUGACCCACUCACCCCAUCAUCCUCCCCUCCUCUCUCCACUCUUCGCAAGGUAAGGAGCCUGCCUGUCCGACUCUCACUCUGACAACGUACCCACACCAACACACACACCAGCUAUACGUCCAUCUGCCGAUCCUCUGAACCUUAGUGACCUCCUAGCUCGGCCUGUGAAAGGUCGCUGUCAUGACACCCACGACCUCUCCGCUCCUCAAGGUGUUUCGUCUCUGAACAGCAGUUCCGCAAGGCCCUUGGCAACAGUUGCCGGGUCAGGGAGCAGCAGCAGCCUAGCCCAGCUGAUGUCUGAGCAUGAGCAGAGGAGUCAGGGUUCUGGUGUCCCCUCACUGUCCUCAUCUCCACUGGCUGCUCUCUCCGGCCUCUCAUUGGGCACUCUAGCGUUGUUAAACUCCGCCCCCCUUGCUACUGCGCCCUGCAUCGUAGCCCCUCCCCCCGGCCACCUUGUCUCCUCUUUGGGCAGCUUGUCCUUAGGCAACCCCAAACUGACAGCUCUGGGCGCCAAUCUGGCCCCUCCCUCCUUCGGCAGCCUGAGGUCCGUCCUCCAGAGCAGCCGACCAAUGGAGAUAGGGGCUGGGGGAGGGGCUAAGGGGGCGGAUCCCAAAGGAAGCCCGUCAUUGGCUGAGCUGAUCCAGGAACAUUCCAACAGCAGCCCCACCCUCUACAGAUCCCUCCCCGGUCUCCAAAGCAACAGCUCAAUCCCUGUUGCCCACGUCAACACAUCUCAGACCGCCGCCGGACCAGCUCUCACACGCUGCCUGUCCCAGCGCAAGCAGCCCCCAGGACCUCUGGACACACACACACUCUCAUUCUGCAGUCCGCACACACACUCUUCCCCCCAGCCCCAGGUCACUACAACACCAGAACGUCCCGCCCUGUCUCUGUCUCAGUCGGCCUCGCGCCGUCAGGCCGGCCACACGCUCCCCCAACCAGUAAGCACGGUGCCGGCAGCAGACCCAGACAGACGGCAGGCAGAGGCAGUACCUCCUUCAGUGGGGGCGCUCUCUCCACUAGCCUCUCAGCACCACACCAGAACGUCCUCCAACACCCCACCACCACUCUCCCUCGCCGCACUCCUGUCGCCGGGGAAACCACAGGUUGCCAUGGUAUCGGCAGGAAGUAUCCAAGAGGGUGGAGUCAGAGACAAACCCCGCCCCCUUUUGCCACCCGCUCCCCUGAGCCCCCUCCCACCAUGGGGAGGUCAGAGUGUUGAUCUAAGCGCGCUCAUGGCCCAGUCGUCCCACGGUGGAGUUUUGUCCGCGCGUCGCCGUGACAACGGCCUCUCCUCGCCGUCCACGGUCGCCAUGCGGUCCGACCGCCACGGUUCCUCUGUGUUCGCUCCACCGUCCGUCUUCGCCCUGACUCUGUCGGUGCGUGCGCCCAGCAGGGGGAAGAAGAGGAGGAGGAGGAUGAUGAUGGUGAAGGCUGUGGGAGGUCAGAGGUUAGAGGUCAGAGGAGGGGGUCACCCUGCGUUUCUGUACGGAACACAGACCCAGCUGGUCAAAGCUAAAGAACAGACGCCUCUCUUACCCAUAACCCCGUUCACCUUCGACACACCCUCCCCCGACGACGUCGUACGAGCGAAUCAGAAGAAGGCCUUCACCCGCGAGUAA